GGAGUAAGAGUACAGUUUAUUUUUCACUAAUCUACUUAAGUAAAAGUAAAAGUAUAGUGAUUUAAAACUACUCCUAGAAGUACAAUUUUUUCAAAAACUUACUCAAGUAAAUGUAACGGAGUAAAUGUAACUCGUUACUACCCACCUCUGCUGGCAACAACAAAAAAAGACAAUGAAAAGUCGGGGGACUCAGUGGCAGAAUAAGGCAAACAGCAGUGAUGAAGCUCAGCAGUGAAAUCAUUACAGUCGGCAUGUGAGAACAGGAGCAGGCUCUGUCUCUGGAGCCAGCUAAUUAACCUCGGCUGACUAAGAGUAGACACAGGUAGGCACUGUGUUUGAGUGUGUUGUUACCCGUCUUCCAUGUGGAUGAGUAUGAACAAAAGGACUCACUCUUUUCCCUAAUCAAGCUAAUGGAGUGGAUGAGCUAGAUGGGCAGCGACAGGUAGAAGGGCCUCCAGGGGAUUUAGGAAGUCAGGGGAAGAGAGAGACUGAGGUGAGGAUUUCAGCCUUUGAUUGGCAGGACAAAGGAUGAUAAAAAGCCUGGCUUCUGGUGUCAGAGACAUUAGCAGGUGGUUCAGGUCUGAGGAGCAUACAGUGACAAGUACUGCAGUUCAUGUUAGCCAGUCAAAGAGUCACUUCAGAGUGGAUACUAUAGACCUGCGUGCUACAGCUGUGAGAACAGCAGCAACAACCUCCUUAAACUUUGGUGUCUCAUUGUAUUUUACGACAUAACCAAUAGUUGACACAUUUGUGAGUCUCGGCCAAGAUGAUCCUGCAACAGAAGAAAUCUAAUUGUGGGCCUGUGCUGGCCCUGUGCUGCUUUCUGCUCUGGAUCUCUCUGCAGUCAGACUCCUUCCACCGGGUGAAAGCCGUCAACCUGCGACGCUUUAUUGGUUGUGCCGUGCGGGAGUUCACUUUCCUGGCCAGGAAGCCCGGCUGUGGGGGCCUGCACAUCACCACUGACGCCUGCUGGGGACGCUGUGAGACCUGGGAGAAGCCGGUCCUGGACCCUCCCUUCAUUGAGUCCUACCAGCGUGUUUGUACCUACAACGAGACCCGUCUAGUCUCUGUGAAACUGCCCAACUGCCUGCCAAACGUCGACCCCAUCUACACCUAUCCCGUGGCCCUGAGAUGUGACUGUGGUGUCUGUUUGACCAGCACCACUGAAUGUAUAACAUCUGUCUAACACAAAAUAUAUACUUAUUUUUAACUAUACACUUUGUAAAUAAACUAUUUUUGUAGGGUAAAAUUGGAAAAACAAGGCCAAAAGAAUCUAGUUUUCCUGCUAAGUAUUAAGUUAAAAAAAAUGCUUUUGAUUCAUCAUUUAAACUGUUAAUAGACCCUGACAUGAUCCCUGGCUGAUUGAAUGUACUGGUCAUGUAUUGGACUUUUGUUUUAUGAUGCUGAUGUUUAAGUAAAAAUAAGACAUUCACCUGUAACUGUUUUAAGGAGUAAGCAAAACAGAUUUACGUAAGAUGAUGUUAUACAUGAUAUAGCUAGAUAUAUGAUACUAUGUCACAUGUAGUGAAGUGUUUGCAAUAUUUGCUAUGAUCCUGUAGACAACCCAAAGAACCAAUCCUGUAAAGACGUGUGAGCUUGUGAUGUAAGCAUAAGUACUGAUUGACAACUGUACUUAACAGAGAGAGUAGUUAAAUAUUUCCUAGUCUCACUCACCCAGACCCUCCUCCAAAGCAUUCUGCAGGAGAGUCUGGCUACUCCACAUAGAAUUUUAGGAUGGGAGGAAAACGUGCUCUGGUUUAUUGGCAUUUCUUUAAACCAAUCACAAUAGUCUUGGGCGGUGCCACUGCAAAAUAGACUCGGAAGGAACUUGUUUUAGUAGAACAGGUACGUUUUGUGCAGAUUGGACUCAGCCCAGGAGGAGUUAGACAAAAUAUGUUUUCAAUGUAUUAAUAAAACAAAAUUCUAACAGUGCCAUCUAAUGGGCAAUUCACUCAAGAUUUGGCAUGGAUGCUCAAGCAGAACAACAGAUGCAGAACAACUGUGCCAUGUUUGGUGGCAAUCGGAAUAGAUCUUGGCCAAAUACGCAACUCUUUCAACAGUCCCCGACAGAAAGUUGAUUCUCUAUAACUAAUAAUCAAAAUUCUUUGGAUAACUUUUUACCAUGAGUGUCAACAGAUACUACCUGCAAAGAUUCAAGAAGAUUGCAAUCUGGGCGCCAAGUUUUUGUAUAUAUUGAGGCGGUCAAAAAUGUGCCCAAGGGCUAAAACCAAUUAGGGGGCGCUAUAGAGCAGCCAUACCACUCCCAGGCCUAAAUGUAAAUUCAGAUUCAGAGUUUAAUAUUCUGCACAUGGCUGCAACAUAUUUUAUCUAACUCCUCCUGGGCUCCAAUCUGCACAAAAACUAAGAUACAGACUUGGUGGGCCUUUGUGACAAAAGAAUUUUGAUAGCUAACCCAAUGUGCAAGUCAUAGAGGACCAACUUCCUGUAGGAACAGUUGUAACUUGCCAAAAGUUAUUCCGAUUUACAUGAAACUUAAAACGUGUGGUUUACAUGUGAUAUUGAGCCGCCCCUUAUACCCUAGCCACACCCAUGUACACCGAAGACGCCCCCUUCCAUAACGUUUAAAGGCUGUGUUGCAGGUUAACCACCACUGGGGAAAAAAACACUCAAGAUAUGUACUGUGUGUCAUUUUCCAAAAUGUCUCCAGACAGUGUUGAAGGACAGUUGUUUGUCAUUUGGUAUUAGCGGGGUUUUUUUUUCAACUCAAUUCAGUAAUGAUGUCACAUAGGGGAGAGUAGCCUCAGCCUAGUACUAGAACUAUGGCAACUGACUAGGAUGAGGAAGAGGUGGAAAGGCCAGCAGCCACAUGAUUUUGAACCUGCCAGAUGUGAGAGGGCCAAGAGUUGGGGAAGUCUCCUUUUCUUUCUACAUAGUGACAGUGGUAAUGUUGUUAGUUCAGAUAAGUACUGGUAAACUUAUCUAGAUCUAGAAAUAGAAGGCAUCAUGCUCUCUCCUUUUUAUUUGACAAAAACAGAAUUUUAAAAUACAUCCUUAUGGAAGUUUUUUAAGGAAGGAGCAGGUUGAUAUCACAGAUAUCACUCAGGGAGCAAAAUCAAUCUUUGGCUUUGCAGUGUCUGAGUGCCGAGCAAAUGCACAGCCGCAAAGAGUGGCGUCUGCCAGGAGGCAAAGACCUGUUCAUUGCCGCUUGCAGCUUUAAUUAAGUAAAUUACUUUUUGUUUUUACUUCAAUCAACAGAGUCUGCCCUAACUAAUUUGUCAUGUCUUAAUUAAAAUAAGGAGAACACUAUCAAUAUUGUUUUGAUUUAGUGAAUCUUCAUAAUGUAGACUAACCUGAGAGAAAUUAUUUUAGUUUUACAUUAAAUUGAGCCAGAAUUUGUUUUUUUUUAACCAUUAGCAGAAAUGUGUGUUUUCUGUUAACACUGGUCUACAGGGAGGACAAAGGUCCGGCUUGGCUGCACAACAGCAUCCCUGGAGCCGUUCGGGUUUCAGCAUCUGGCAGAUGUUCGCUGUCAGAGAGGCUCUAGUUUAUAUCAACAUUUUAUUUACGGUAAGGGUUCCGGCACAUGUCCCACAUUUUUGGCCGAAUGUCUUUCACUUUCCGCUUUCUUUUUGUUGGCACUUUAAACUCAAAUGACCAAAUCAAAAAUAAACAAAGUAGUUAUAUUUAUCUUUUUUUUAAGUAAAAUUUUCAUCACAAACUCGACAGCCAUUAUAAUUCCAGAGCUUGCAUCCCUAGGUGUACAUGUUCCGCCAAAACAAGUUCCAUCCCGAGGCUAUUUUGACGCAGCACAAUGGCUCCAAUAACAAUAAGCCAGAGCACAUUUUCCUCCCAUCCCAGAAUGCUAUGUGGGCUAGCCAGACCCUCCUCCACAGCGCUGUGGAGGACUAGUGUUAAGGUGUUUGUUGUCAUAAUUAGUAGUUACCCUCUGAAAGAACAAUCUGUCAUUGAUGGGUGCCUGUUAAUUAUGUGAAUACUCGUUAGCACUUCAUUAACUGACUAGACCUGAGUUCAGAGGCCAAACUAUGUAGUUGUUAGUGAAAGGGAACACAGAGUCCUCACAAAGCAUUGUAAUUCGUGUGAUACCCAAGGAGAACAGAGUUUAUUUAAGCGCUGAGUGCUCACAUUUCACUGAGAGCUGCGUUUGAGCCCCAGUGCUCAGAUGGACCACCCCCCAUACAAAACCACUGUACUUCUCGCUGACUCUGUUUGGCUUUGUUAUACUUUAUAUAGUUUGGCUUUAUACUUUAGACCUGAACUGCUGCCAACAUCUGGUUUCAUUUAUGUACUA